AUGCGACCCGAAUCCGAAGAGGAGGAAGAGAGCGAGUUCACCCUGGUACAAGGUAGGAGGAAGAAGAGGAGGGCGAGGAAGAGGAAGAAGCAAAAGACCUCCACUCCAGUAGAGGGCCGGAAAGAGAAAGGCAAAGAGAGGCAGCCCAGCCACAGCGACCUGCUCAACGGGCUGGUGGAGAUGGUUGAGCGGAAGCUGCUCUCGGAGCAGGACCCCCUGAGAGCAUCGAAGGCUAAGGAAACAUAUGUCACUAUCAAGGGUCAGGAAGGGUGGAACCCGAGGGACAUAUGGAAAUUGCUCCCCGAAGACAUAAGGGGAGAGGCCCAGAUGGACGUCGACGUGGUUAAGGUCACGUAUAAGAAGGACGUCCUCGUAAGAACAAAGGGCCCAGAAGAAGCCAAGAGGCUCAUAGGGUGGGACAGGCUCCGGGAAAAAGGCCUGACGGCACAGCUGGCCAACAAAAGGAAGCCCCGAUUAGAAAUAAUGCGGGUGCCUUCCGAGUGGUCAGCUGAGAUGCUGGAGCAGGUGAGUGAUCUUUGA